CUGUUGUGUUCAGAUUCAACUUUUUUUCCUUCAUAUAUUUGGCAUGCCUACUAGUAAAUCCUUUACUUUCUGGUCCAUCACCACGUUACCUCAAAUCAGUCAUUGGACUAAGCACAGCAUUUUGUAUAUGUCAUGUCAUAUUUCAAACUGUCAUGCUCAGUUUGGGAGAUUAUGGACAUUUUUUAGACUACUGUGAUUGGAAAGGGAGGCUGUUUGCAGUGUUCGGUUUUCAUCGCUUUGACAAAGUAAAAGUUGUGGACGCCAUUCGCAUCAUCGGACUUGAUUUCCUAGUGUUGCUUUCUGCAGUGGGAGUCCUCAUUGCUAUAGAAAAACUUCAAACUGCUCAACAAACUCCUGAUAAUCAAGAAGUACCUGAAAGUGAUGUGAUACGAAGACCUGUGAGGAAGCGUAAAAAAAAGAAAUCAGAAGUGUUAUUUUGGGCAGGAGAAACUUGCGUAUUAUUUCUUUUAGCGGGAGCUGGAAUUUUAUAUCCGUCUCUAUCUUCAGCAGUAUAUUUUUUGGUUUUUUUAACUGUGUGCACGUGGCUUUCAUGUAAUCUAAAAAUUGGUAGAAAGUAUUUAUUGACUAAAAUUCCACUACUAAUUUAUUGUGCUCUUCAUUUUGUUGUUAUUUAUAUUUAUCAAGUCGACUAUGUUCAAGAAUAUGUCCCACCUGAUAGUUUAACGGCCAGGCUACUUGGUCUUCCUGAUUUCGUUCUUCAGAAUUGCACCAAUGAUCCUCGCACCCUAGUCUUCCAAGAUCAUUCCUGGACUUUGUAUGCUAGUCCAUUUUUCAUUCUAGGACUGUAUUGUCUGUUAGCAUUAAUUAUUAGAAAGCAGCUCAUAUCUCCUCCUGUUGAUGAAUCAAAAUAUGAGCCUUGUAUGUCAAGAGUUGAUUCUAAGCAAAGCUCUCAGUAUUCUCAGGGUAGUGUGCGUCGAAGAAAACAAUCAAGAAGAACUACUAGAAGCCAGCAAGAAGAAAGAACAAGAGUAGGUAGAACUUCUUCUGUAAAAAAAGCUGACAACCGCUCUUUCUAUUACAACUCAUUUGACAAUUGCCCACUAUUAGAUGAAGAUCACACUGGUAGAUCUUAUCGUACCAUUGAGAGUGGUGACCCCAAUGCUGCCACUCUAUCUGUCGAUCCUAAUGGAAGUAUAAUAUGGACAAGUGAAAGUGAUAUGCCAGAAAUGAAUGUUGAACCACUUGAAGACAAGAUCACAACAUCCAAGAACUUUUAUUCCAAUCUGAAGAAAGUUUUCACACCCAUUCUUUCUGGUUUCAAGCUCAUUUCAAAAGGAAGUUACAUCGUCACUUUGAUCAUCAUGAUGACUUGGAGUAUAACUUACCACAGUUGGUUGACUUUUGUAUUGCUUUUGUGGUCCUGUAUCGUCUGGAUGUGUCCUAAUUCUCGAUACGCUUGCUUAAGAUCCUCUCCAGCUUUAGUUUUUUAUGCUGAAGCUCUACUGAUUUUGCAAUACAUUUUUGGACUGAACUUAACAAAUGAGGAGCUCCCAGACUUUUCAAUAACUAACAAAAACAUAGCACAAAUUGGAUUAAUCAAAUAUGGUGAUACGGCUUAUCAGCCACUGGCGAUUAAGAUUCUGUAUACCAUCAUGUUUUGGUUCACCAUGAGACAAUUUUUUGAAGAGUACCAUCAUGAAAACCAGAGGAAUAUAGCUGAAGGUCUGACGAUGGAAUCUUUUAACAUUACUUAUAACACUGCCACUCCUGCAUGUCCUCGGCCAUCCAUUAAGAGGCAUUUUAGUAUUGUACCAUCUACUACUUCUCCUAAUCCUUAUAUACGCAUAAUUGCUGAAUCAGUAUCAAACUUACUGACUAAAUAUUGGAUAUGGAUUGUUGCAUGCAUGUUAAUGGUAAUUUCUUUGGGAGGACAAGUAGUAGUUGUGUAUCGUAUCGUCUACAUGUUCCUGUUCUUGUUUUUCAUUUUGAUGUUCCAGUUUUCCUAUUACUGGUGGAGGAGGAUCAUGUAUGGAUUUUGGUUAACUGUUAUUGUUUUUUCAAUGCUUGUGCUUAUACUCAUAUAUACUUAUCAAUUUGAAGAUUUUGAUUAUUAUUGGGAGAGAUACCUCCAUGUCCCUAAAAGCAUGCAAGAAGAUUUGGGUCUUGAGUUGUUCAACUCUGAUACUGGCACACUUUUUGUCAAGCUUUUGACUCCUACAUUUUUCCUUAUCAUAACCAUAAUACAGCUUCAUUAUUUCCAUAAAGAGUUUCUUCUUAUUAGCGAUAUGCAGUACAGAUCUAGUGAGAACUUAGCAGAUACUACACAACUUACUUGUGCUACCAAUAUCCCCAACGACAGUACCGAAACCCAUAUUACAAUAGAACCUGAAAGUGAAACGAUUCGACCAAAAAAUCUGGACAUCACUCCUGUGAGGAGGGAUACAAUCGCUACCACUCCUGGCUCAGAAAUUGUGACUCCUACUUCCGUCAAGGAUGAACUUGAAAGCAAUCGCGCUGAAAGAGAAUUUAGGGCAGUGAAGCUGUGCUUGGACGGCAUAUUUCAUGAAGUUCGGCAAGGGUUCACUUAUGUAUCAGAAAUCUUAUGGAGAAUUUUAGAGAUACAUAUUAUAAAGAUCAUUCUUCUAUCUACUUUUAUUCUUGCUGCUUGUGAUGUUUGUGCCAUUCACUUUGCCUUUGUAGUUUUUGUUGUAAUUGCCCUACCACUACCUAGUCUACAAAAUUUCUUUUCACAUUGUAUAUCAGUUUGGGCAGCUACUCUUUUGCUUUCUAAAAUGAUGUAUCAGUUGAAUAUAGUUGAUUACCUGAAUUGGCAAACCAAUUGCACAUAUGUGCCUUAUGCAAAUAUGUCUAACCUUCCAUAUCCAUUCAAUACAACGAUUGAUAACCACGACUGGAUUGGAUUCAAGCGCACACUUUACUUGGCAGACUAUUGCAAAGGGUAUAUAGGAUUAAUACUAGUUUUGACUAUUCAAGCUGUUGUUAAAAUCAGGCAGGAAGUAAAUAGGAUACACACAAAUGAACCUCCACCAAAACCAGGUGUUGUUUUUCCAUCUACAACUAGGGCAACAGCUGACGAUAAUCUUGGAGAGUGCCUGAAAUAUCUAGUGAAUUAUUUUUUCUACAAAUUUGGUCUAGAGGCUUGUUUCAUUACAACUGUUGCUUGCAUUGGAGUUAGACUCGAUGUAUUUGCCUUUUUAUCUGCUGUCUGGUUAACUCUUAUGUUUCUUUUGAAAAGGAAAACCUUGGCAAAAAUUUGGCCGUUUUACGUAUCUUAUCAAUGUAUUGUUUUGACUAUUCAGUAUAUAAUCUGUUUGGGUCUACCUCCUGGUUUAUGUGUUGAGUAUCCAUGGUCUGAAUCACUUGUUGAAGGAAUGAGAGAUUGGUUGUUUUUAGCUGAUUUCCGCGAUCCUCCUAGUACUACCAGAGUUGUAGCUGACUUUUUCCAGCUGCUCUUUAGCUGUUGUCAGUUAUUUGUAUUCCACAUAGAAACAUCACCUGUUGCCGAGCUUUACGAAGGUGGGAGCAAUAAAGAAAUAAACUUAGAAGUUCCUCAACCCAAUCCUAUUCCCGAUUUUGUAACUUGCACUCAAACUGUAUUGGAUAUGAUAAAAGUGUUUGUGUUCUAUGCUCUUUACUGGAUUUCCUUGGCAAUAGUUUUUGUUGCUGGCACAAGCAGAAUAAAUUUAUUUGCUAUGGGUUAUGUAAUAGGUUGUUUUUACUUUUUGUGGAAUGGAAACGAGUUUUAUUUGAAGACACGUUCAGCUUUGUUAAGAAUGUGGAAUAUUUUAUUAGCAUAUAAUGUGGCGGUUAUUCUGUUGAGCUGCCUGCUGCAACUUGUUGGGUGCACAUAUUUUGAAUUAUUAAGAGAUCAUCAAUGCUGGCUUAUACAACUAUUGGGAAUCGCAUGUCAGAGAAAAGAUGGUAUUCCACCAAAAACUACUGAAGACUGCAUUUUUGAGUCUGAUCCAGGAUUGGUGUAUGACAUCAUUUGUUUUGCAUUCUUGCUUUUCCAACGACGUCUUUUCUCUAGCUACUAUUUCCAACAUGUUGUGAACGAAGUGAAAGCUCAACAAGUUUUAUCAUCCAGGGGUGCUGAACUUAUUCAUGAAAUUCAAAUGAAAGAAGUCCAAGAACAGCAAGUCAAUGAGAAAGAAAUUAUGGAAAGAAUUAAAAAGAAAAUGGAUCGAAUCAGGGCAUACCAACAGAAAAUACGCGGUGGAGAAAAUAUGGAACCAGAAACUCACUUUCAAGCUAUCAGAUCUGGUGAUUACUAUAUGUUUGAAGACAUCUCAGACGAUGAUAUAGAUUUAGAGCUGUCUGCAAGGCACAAACGUAGUGUUGAUGAAGAUGAUGAAGAUUCCGCUGAAGUCAAAGAGAAAGGUCUAAAUGCUCUUUUGAGCAAAACCAUCCGAGGAAACAUAAAAUUAAGUGAGGAACCAAGGAAAGAAUCCGGUGAACCAGAUGAUAUUGAAGAUUCAAGCCAGUUAUCUGCUAUCGUUAGCGCUGAUCGAGACGCCUUGCCAUCUUCAUCUCAGCAAAAAUCUCCAGAUCCAUUAACCAUUACAAGCAGUGGCCCAAUGAUGACUUUAUCUAUUCCUAGUGCUACAACUACUCCUACAUCCUCUCCCAAAGAAGAAACAGUUGCUCCCUUAAGUCCUCAAGAUGUUAAAAUUAUUGAUGUAGAAGAAAUUAAAGAAGAAACUUUUGUUGAGAAAGUGAAAAGAUGGUAUUCGUUCUUUUGUGAAUUCAUGAAUAGUCUUCUGAUUAGUACUACCGCUAAAUUGAACGCUGUUUCCAAGGAUUAUCGAUUCAUAGCAAGGCAACUCUCUAAAGAAAAGAAACUGCUGAAAGAAAGGUUUAUUCAUAAUGGCUCAUUUGAUAUGGAUGAAGCAGAAAACGAAAUGAAGGCUAAGGAAGUGAAUAAUAUUCCUGGAUCCUCAAAAGACUUGAAGCAAGUUGCUGUGGUUAUGAAGAAGACAAAUUUAGACUUUUUAGACAGUUGCGAAUUUACAUCAUCACAAGAUGUCCUGGAGACAGGUGCUAAAAAGCAUUCGAUCUUUGUGCGAUUUCUUGUUGCAUUUUACUUUGCUGCAAUAUCUCGAUCUGAGCUUUUGUGUUAUAUGGUCAUCAUCCUUAAUCAAAUGAAAUCUGCUAGCAUCCUCUCUUUGCCUUUACCCUUGUUUGCAUUCCUCUGGGGGACACUCUCAGUACCAAGGCCAACAAAAGCAUUUUGGAUUACUGUCAUUACCUAUACUGAGGCUGUGGUUGUUUUGAAAUAUUUAUUCCAAUUCUACUUUUUUAAUUGGAAUUAUCAAACACCUCCUCCUAAUAACCCAUUUUACCCAACCGUUAUUCUUGGCAUCAGAAAAGAUGAUAAUUAUGCUGUCUUUGAUCUAGCUGUCUUAUUGGUUGUAUUUUUUCAUCGGUUUAUGCUGAAAAGUCUAGGUCUAUGGAAAGAUACAGAAAAAAGUUUAAUAAUUCCUAAUGUUGAUUCUGAACCGGAAACUAUUGCAUUGAAUGGAAAAGAUGGAAUUACUAAAAAAUUGCCCAGCAUUCCCGAAAUUAAAAAGGCUGCAUCUGAGGUAGAUCAUGGAGAAAAACACAUUGAUGAAACUGGUGAUACUGCCGUAUUAGUUGAGAGUCCAGAUGAGUGUUCUGACGAUGAAGGAAGUGAGAUUUCAGCUUAUGAAGAACUACCUCGAGUUGAUAUUUCAAAAAUUGUGGGGUCUGUUGUGGAUCCUAUUAAAAUGUUUUUCUACCACCUCCUUUAUCCUGAAUAUAGAGUGACAGUUGAUGUCUAUGCUUAUAUGUUCUUCUGUGAUUUCAUUAACUUUUUCAUAGUCGUUUUUGGCUACUGGGCUUUUGGAACAGAGGGUUCAGAAAAUGUGACUUCCUAUUUUGAAGAAAAUAAGGUUCCAAUACCUUUCCUAAUCAUGCUAAUUGCUCAAUUUGCUACCAUUGUCACAGACAGAGCUUUGUAUUUAAGGAAAUAUAUUUUAGGAAAGUUAAUAUUUCAAGUCAUUCUAAUUUUUGUAGUUCAUCUGUGGAUGUUUUUUAUUCUUCCUGCAAUCACAUCACGAGAUUUUGCAAAUGCAGCUAACUUACCUCCAAAGAUGUGGUAUGUAAUAAAAUGCAUUUAUUUCCUGCUGUCAGCUUAUCAAAUAAGGUCUGGCUAUCCAACUAGAAUAUUAGGAAAUGUCUUUUGCAAGAAAUACAAUUAUGCCAAUCUCAUCCUCUUCAAAGGGUAUAUGAUUAUACCAUUUUUGUAUGAACUGAGAAGUUUGAUGGAUUGGAUAUGGACAGAUACAAGCAUGAAUAUCAGCAACUGGCUGAAGAUGGAAGAUGUUUACUCCAGUAUAUUUGUGUUAAAAUGCACAAGACGAGCUGAAGCAGACUACCCAACCCCGAGGGGGGCAAAACGGACUGCCCUCAUUAAAUAUGGAGUUGGCUGUUCACUGUUAUUUUUCAUUAUACUCAUAAUCUGGUUCCCACUGUUACUGUUUGCUUUGGGGAACACAGUCGGACGCACCAACCUGCCAAUAAGCGGCACAUUUGAACUGUCUAUAACCGGUUACGAACCCUUAUUUAGAACCACAGCUCUGAAAGGGGAACAGAUCAAACCCUUCAAUGAUCGCCAGUGGAAGGAACUUGAAGGUGCUGUUGCCGAACUAGCUGAUCCCUCCACAACAAGUUUCUUAACUGGUUAUAGUAGAGAGGAUACUGUAGUUGUGGAACUUAGUAAUAACUCCACCUCAAUCUGGACCAUCAGCCCUCCGAGUCAAAAUGCUUUGGUGGAAGAGCUGCAGAAAGUGAAUUCCACUGUGAAAAUGACUCUUUCGUGGUCUUUUAUGAGGAAGAAAGAGAAUCAUGGGACAGAUCCCGAAGUAAAAGAUCAGAAAGAACUUGUUUUGACUGAUCCUCAAAAGAAAAAUCUCGCUGCAGCACUCAGUGUCAAUGCAGGCAAUGCCACAACUAUUCCUGGCUCCAUUCCUAAGGCUGUCACUAUAACUGAGUUCUUCCCGAACUUUGUGAAAAUUCCAAGCUCGGGAAGUGCUAUAGUGGUUGAUAAGUUUUAUAAAAAGAAAACUGAUAAAAGCAAACGAUUUUUUGGUCCCACAGAGUUUCGAGGUUUGAAUUUAUCCAUGUGGACUGGUGAUAUGCUGAAUACAUCUGAGUCAUUAAGCACUACCAUCUCACAUUACAUAGAAUGGUGGGAAGUUCGAGAUGUCUGUGAUAUCCCUCCUUACUCAAUAAGUGGAAUUAAUAACUGCGAUUCAUUGCGAUUAGUUGCCUUUAGUGACAAAGCCUUCCCUACUGAAUUAUCCAUUAUUUCUGGAUAUGGGAUUGUGGGCCUCUACACCACUUUUGUUCUUGUUGUAUCCCGUGUUGUGAGAGGAUUUGUGGCAGGCACUUCCUCCAAUAUCAUGUUUGAUGACAUGCCUUACGUUGACAGAGUGUUACAGCUUUGCAUGAAUAUUUAUCUGGUGCGAGAAAGUGGCGAAUUCACUCUUGAGGAAGAUCUGUUUGCCAAGCUGAUAUUCCUGUACAGGUCUCCUGAAAUGCUUAUAAAAUGGACCAGGCCACCAGAGCUUGAGGUUGAAGCAGGCGAUGAAAUGCCGAGAUUACCAGGAUUAAGGCCUUGAAGAUGAACCUUGAAGGUCUAGAAUUGAAUUAAACUCUAUUUAUCAAGAACAGUUUCCAUUGUUGAAUUGAAAUUUCGGUUUCAAGUGAUUGGAAAUCUAGU